CUUUGCAAGUAUUGACAACUCGAAGUCAAUUGAAAAAGGGAAAAUUUUCUGAUGCAACAUCGUCAAAUCGCAAUUUUGUAAGUUUUUCGUGAAAUAUUGGAAGACUCCAGUUAUCUCAAGUGCAAUUCAGGAAAACACGGAUCAAGUUAUCAUGGCAGAAGAUGAUGCGAUAUUUGACCCUUCCUUGAUGAAGAAAAAGAAAAAGAAGAAGACUCCUUUUGAUUUGGACGGUGCAGCGGGAGAAGAGAAUGCGGAUGUUGAUACUAAUGUCACUAGCGAUUCGGCUACUCAAGGAGAUGCGGCUAUAGGCAGUGAAGCUGAUGCGGCCGGUGACUUGAAGGAUAAUUUGGAAUUUGAAAGUUUCGGAAUUAAGAAAAAGAAGAAGAAGAAACCUUUUUUCAAUUUGGAUGAAUUGGAUAAUGCCCUGCCAGUCUUGGAUGCUGGAACGGAUGCCGAAAGGGAAAACAAGGAAGGUCGCGUGGAUGAUGGGGACGGUGGUGUCUUUGGAGCUGGUGAUGAUGGACUAGACGAUGACGAUAUGAAGAUUGAUUUCAGCAUGAAGAAGAAGAAGAAAAAGAAGAAAGAUCUGACUGAACUGAUGGAAGCUGAGGAGCAAGCCCGAGAGGAUGAGAAAGAAAAUGGCCUUACGGAUAACGAUGGUUGUGAAACGGACUUUGUGGAUGAACACAGCACAACGUGGGCUGGAUCAGAUCGUGACUACACGUAUGAUGAGCUAUUGCAACGCGUCUUUGAGAUAAUUUUGGACAAAAAUCCCGAUAUGGCCGGUGGUCGGAAACCCAAAUUUGUGAUGCGCCCUCCUCAAGUGCUACGUGUCGGAACGAAAAAGACUUCCUUUGCGAACUUUACCGAAAUUUGUCGAACUCUGCAUAGGCAACCGAAGCAUUUAUUGGAUUUCCUACUAGCCGAAUUGGGUACCAGCGGUUCGGUGGAUGGAAACUCACAACUUAUUAUCAAGGGCAGAUUCCAGCCGAAACAGAUCGAGAACGUUUUGCGACGAUACAUCAAGGAGUAUGUGACCUGUCAUACCUGCCGUUCGCCUGAAACCAUCCUCCAGAAAGACACCCGCCUGUUCUUCUUGCAGUGCGAAACUUGCGGGUCACGCUGCUCAGUGGCCAGUAUUAAGUCUGGUUUCCAGGCCGUCACCAGCAAGCGUGCUGCUAUUCGUGCGAAAACGGCCUAAUUUGGUCCAUGCUUGUUUUCUAAUAACUAGUUUUAUGAAAAAUUCGAUUGACCAGAAAAACAUGGCAAUUUAGUAAGCGCUGAAUAGAUAAAAGUUGGUACCAUUAACGUGUGUAAUAUUUUUAAUUAGUUCAGUGGCACAAGUGUGUAGAAAUUACUAAAUUGUAUAAACUUGAGACCGGUAUAAUAAAAUGCACUAUAACCCA